AUGGCACCUCGUCUAUUGAAGAAUUACCGUGUCUAUGUCCUCACAGCAGUCGCCUACCUAGGCUCCCUGCUUUUCGGAUAUGACACGGGUGUUAUGAGCUCCGUCCUAGCUAUGGACAGCUUCAAGAAAGACUUUGGCCUCCCACUUUCAUCAUCCGGAUUCGCCUCAGACAAAAACGCACAAAUCUCAUCAAAUGUUGUCAGUCUCUUGACAGCAGGAUGUUUUUUCGGCUCGAUCUUCGCAGCCUAUAUCAAUGACCGCAUUGGUCGUCGCUAUUCGCUCAUGAUCUUCUGCUCCAUCUUCCUGGUCGGUGCCGCAAUCCAGGUCGGCGCUCACCACCAGAUCGGUAUGAUCUACGGUGGUCGUGUCAUUGCCGGUCUCGGUAUCGGUGGCAUGUCGAGUAUCACUCCCGUCUUCGUCAGUGAGAACUGCCCACCCGAAUACAGAGGUCGGAUUGCCGGUAUGUUCCAGGAGUUCCUGGUCAUCGGUAGUACGUUCGCCUACUGGCUGGAUUAUGGUGUCAAGCUGCACAUCCCGGAGAGUACCCGCCAGUGGCGGAUUCCCGUGGCCAUUCAGCUUGUCCCUGGUGGACUGAUGCUUGUUGGACUUUUCUUCCUCAAAGAGUCCCCUCGCUGGCUGAUGAAGCAGGGUCGCCAGGAUGAGGCACUUACCUCGCUGGCUUACAUUCGAAAUGAGCCUCAGGAUAGCGAAGAAGUGCAGAGGGAGAUUGCGGAAAUUUAUACUGCCGUUGAAGAGGAGACACUUGCUACUGAGGGUGUCACCUGGAAGGAGUGCUUGGAGAAGAGUAACCGUUACCGGUUCUUCUUGGCCUUCGUGAUCAUGUUCUGGCAGCAAUUCUCUGGAACGAACAGUAUUGGAUACUAUGCGCCCCAAAUCUUCGAGUCCAUUGGUGUCAGCUCGACCAACUCAUCGCUAUUUGCUACUGGUAUCUAUGGUACUGUCAAAGUUGUCGCUACGGCCAUCUUCCUGUUCAUUGGAAUUGACCGAUGGGGCCGUAAGAACAGUAUGAUCGGUGGUGGUGCCUGGAUGGCUGCUAUGAUGUUCAUCAUUGGAGCUGUCUUAGCAACAAACCCUCCCAACGCUGAUGCUACCAGCGUUUCCCCGGCGUCUACUGCCAUGGUUGCCAUGAUUUACCUUUACGUUAUUGGUUACUCUUUCUCAUGGGGCCCAACCCCUUGGGUCUACCUAGGCGAGAUCUUCCCCACUCGGCUUCGUUCAUACGGUGUCGGCCUUGGUGCUGCCACUCAGUGGCUUUUCAACUUUGUUAUCACUGAGGUUACCCCUCGUGCUAUCAAUAAGAUUGGCUGGAGAACCUUUCUCAUGUUCGGUAUCUUCUGUACCGCUAUGUCGAUCUUUGUUGCUAUCUUUCUCAAGGAGACUAAGGGCCGGACUCUGGAGGAGAUGGACCUUGUCUUUGGUACUGUUGACGAGAUGCAGCGCCGCGCAGAUAUUGAGCAGACACUCCAGAAAAGCGACUUUUCUCACGCAGAGCACGUCGAGGAACAGACAGACGAGCAAGUCAAGGACCAAGCGGCAGCGAAAUAA